CUCGUGUAGGAUUAUCGGCAGGCACAAACACAAAGCCACAAGACACAAGACACAAGGGCACAAGCAAAGAAGAAGAAGAAAGAAUACACAAAUCCCUGAAACCUUGCUCAGUUGCCAAAUUGAUUUGCAUUCAUCUUCUCCUUCCCACGCCCCAAUCUCUCUACUUCUCCGAUCACUUGGAUCGGGGAAUCCACUCGAUUAUAGGCUCUCUUUCCGUCUCUGGAUUGUGUUCCGAUGACGUGUCCGGUAGACGAAAAGGCACUUCUUUUGCCGCGGAUGAAAGUCGAAGACGACGUCGAGAAAGGGGUUUAUGUGAAACUGAGCGAGGCUCAAGAAGAAUCAUCAGGGCAGGAGGAGGAGAAGGAAGAAGAAGACGAAGUAAAGGAGGUUGCUGCUACGUCGCCGUUUUGGUCCUGGUUCAAGCUUGCUCUUUUAUUCUCUUUCCUUGCUGCCUUGGCCUUCGUUGCUUACCGAUGGGUCGGUCCUUUAAUCAUGGACAAGGAGCUUAUCCCGAUUAUAAAAUGGGAGAUAAGGACUUUCACACAUCCCGUGUGCGGUCUUCUUGUCUUUGCAUCCGUAGCUGUAUUCCCCACUAUACUUCUUCCCUCUACUCCCUCCAUGUGGAUUGCUGGGAUGACCUUUGGUUAUGGCUACGGCUUUCUACUUAUUAUCUCUGCUGCAUCUCUUGGUGUCUCCCUUCCUUACUUCAUUGGUCAUCUCUUCCGCCACAAUAUUCAAGGAUGGUUGGAAAGAUAUCCUGAUCAAGCAGUGGUAUUAAGAGCUGCGGGUGAAGGGAACUGGUUUCACCAGUUUCGAGCUGUGACUCUAAUCCGGAUUUCUCCAUUCCCUUACAUUCUUUAUAACUACUGCUCUGUAGCAACUCGUGUUAAGUACGGUCCUUACAUCACCGGAUCUCUCUUAGGCAUGGUGCCCGAGAUCUUUGUUGCUAUCUAUACAGGGAAUCUUGUGAAGACAUUAGCAGAUGCAUCUUCUGCAGAUAAACACGGCCUCUCGGUUACACAGAUCAUUCUCAACAUUUUGGGCUUUCUAGGAACUGUGGCUACGACGGUUCUCAUCACAAAGUAUGCGAAAAGACAGCUGGAGACCAUGAAGAAAGAGGAAGAGGCAUUGUUGCAAUAAAACCCCUCAGAGUUGCUUUUAUCUCUCGUCUCACUCCUUACACAGUUCACGUCUGCUCCAAGAUGUGUAAGAGCACUGGUUAUUUUGUUUCCUUGGUGGUUCUUCUCAUCUCUUUAAUUAACACAGCCUUCAAAAAAAGAAGAAGAAACAUAUAUGGUGGUUAACUAGUAGUAUGAACAGAGGGAGAAUCUAACACCAUUCUUGAUUCUUGGGUGUAAGUAAGUAUUGUGUACUUGUGUGGCUUUGGUGACAUGAAUUUAAAAAAAAUUGUUAUUUGCAAACGAUGAAAAUGAGAGAAUCUUGGAUUAAUUUACUUUUCUUUUAUGUUGUAA